AUGGCUUCCAAACAUUCUCCCCAAGAAGAUGAUUUAUCCUGUCCUGUGUGCUGUGACAUCUUCAGGGAUCCUGUACUCUUGUCGUGUAGCCAUAGCUUCUGUAAAGACUGUCUGAAGGAAUUCUGGAAACAAAAGGCAUCUCGGGAAUGUCCCAUUUGCAGUAGAAGAUCCUCAAAGGAAGAACCUCCUUGUAACCUGGUUUUAAAGAAUCUGUGUGUGGGCUUCUCAGAUGAGAGGAGUCGGAGAGCUUCAGCAGGGUCUGAGGUGCUCUGCAGUCUGCAUGGCGAAAAACUCAAACUUUUCUGUCUGUAUGAUAAACAGCCAGUGUGUUUGGUGUGUCAUACUUCUAAAAAACAUGCACAACACAAGUUCUGUCCCGUCGAUGAGGCUGCACAGGAUUAUAAGGUAGGGGAAGUUACUCUGAAAAUAUACUGUAUAGUAUACAGUUACGUCACACAGGAAAAAGUUAAGCUAAAUAAAGUAAAGUUUGAAAAAGUAUUUCACUACUUCGUGAAAAAUGAUAUCUAAAUCGUAAAUGUCAAACUAUAAAUUGCAAGAACAGAUCACUGGAGUCAGAUAUUAGUUAGCCUAAUUUCAGUUUGUGACAAAACAAGCAAGUGUAGAAAAUCAUUGUACAAUCAUUCUACUAAGCCGCUGUGAAAUAUAUUUCCAGUAAGUAAGGGAUAAUCAACAAGAGGUUAUGCGUUCUGUGUAAGAAGGUGUGUGCCACGACGCGCUAGCGGAGUGCAACUGACCUUCCACGGAGUUGCAUUAUUUUCCAGAGAAUGCAUCGAGCCACGAAUUGAUUAUUCCUUUUAUACCAUCGCUAUAAUUGAACACAUUCAACAUCCACUGAAGUAGCUAGCAAAUUUACGAGAUACACAGUAGUUGCCUUGGUAACCAAACAAACAGACUUCCUAGUUUAGCUAACCAAACCAUCAGUCCUAGCUUGCUAUUAUGAACAUCGAAUUCAACAAUGCCAAUAAUGUUUUCAAUUUGACUUUUGCUUUCAAAAGCAGCUCAAACAUAUAACAUGUAAGAAUUAACUAUAGACAUUUAAUUCUUUGAAUUCUACCGUGCAAGUAUGCAUGCUCUAGAAUGCCCUUCAAGCCAAUCAGAAAAGAGUAUUCAACAAUGCCAUGGUAUAACCAAAAAUAUUGUAUUUUCAGCUGUUUGAAGCUGGUGUACAAAACCGAAAGUAAAAGAUGCAAAAACUAAACUGAAGGCCAGCCACCACACCUCAGCAUAUUUUUCCCCCUUAAUUAUAUCACAAUCAAGUUCUACAAGUUGAAUGUAGACACAAAUAUUAUACUUUUUGUAUUAGCAUUUCUCAGAAAUAUUGUAUUAAAAUAUGCAAAUUAGGUGAUCUCUCCUUAAAUAUGCACAAACAGUAUUUGCAUAUUGUGCAAAUCAAUUUUUCUGGACACUGGAUGAAGUCAGCCAAAAUAUUUUUCGCUUCAGGACCGGACUUGUCCAGAGCAGAAUGUGGAUAAAUACUUUUUUCAGCUUUCUAUCUGUAAAAUACUAAAGACAUGUACACAAAAUGAAAUUGUUGUGAAUUUAAAAAAAUUAAAUCUUAUCUCAAAUAAAAAAUUGACAACAUAACAAAAAUUCCCUCUGGGCAAGUCUGGAGAAUAUAUCUAAGGAUAAGCACACAAAAUGUGGUGAAUGCAGAUGCUUCUGAAGUUGAGAAAAAUGGGUUGGCUUGUGGGAAGUAUCUGACUUUUGGGAAAUGGCAGUUAAAGACAAGUGCAUUGAAUUUAGACCCAAUCACCAUCUCUCUUCAAAGUAAAUUGCUAAAUAUAGUCCAGUUUAUAACAUUCUCUAUGAAAUGUAGAACGUUUUGCAAUUAUUGAUGUAUGUCCAUUGUAAGGUGGUUAAAAUUCAUUAAAAUGUUAAUGACGGUAGUAUGAUAAACUAAAUAAAUUAAACAAAUAUUUGACAUUUUUAUGUUUACUUUUUGAACAUACUAAUAUUAAUGGACCAAAAUACCAACAAAUCUCAAAAUUGAUAGGUAGAUGCAAAAAUGUCAUUUCAGUCUUAAGAACGAGAAGCAUAGAAAUAGCACACAUAGAACAGAGCUACCGUAAUUGCUUUUACCUGCCCUGGGACUACGGGUUAGCUUUUGACUAACCCCGGCACAUUUACAUGGAUGUUGCAUUAUUGUAAUAUUGAUGUUGAUUAAUGUGCAUUGUCCCCUAUAAAUAAAUCAAUUAAAUUAAAUAAAAAUAUAUACAUAUAUAUAUAAAUAUGUUGGUAUAAAAUGUCCAAACCUCAACAGAAUAAGGUUGUAGUCAUAAAUGUAUUAUGGCUUAUAGUGUUUGGGAGUAGUGCAACUACAUGUAAUUCAAUUAGUAAUUUAAUUACAUUUUGCAGUAGCUUUGUGGCAGUUGAAUUAAAUUCAAAUCUUGGUAUAGUGUUUUCAGUAGUUAAUAACUUUUUUGCCAUGUAGUGGUGUAGCUAACAACAGGAACUACACAGUACCUUUUUUUUUUGUUGCACAAAUGUAAUAUGGGUGAAGUAAGCAAGAAUAUCCUUUAUUUUUCGACAUCAGACCUGCCUUAUUCUCACUUGAAACACUGUGUGACUAAUUCUCACUUUUUGUGCAAAUUCACAUAGAAAUGUGAGUUAUACAUCUGUCAUUCUCAUUGAAAGCAAGUCUAAGUAGCACAGCCACAAUACAAAUACACACUAAAAUAAUACAAAAUACAAAUACAUGACAUCCUAUAAUAUACAAUUCUAACAACAACAACAACAACUUAUUCAUAAUAAAAACACUGUUGUCUUACAUAUGAGGAACCACAGAUAACUCAUGUGCACAGGUUUGGAUAGAUUUGAGCCAUGUUUUUAAAUUUAAAUUUAAAAGUACAAUAAUAUAAAGUAAUAAAAACAGGAAUAUACUUUCUUUCAAAGUAGUGUCCAUUUUUCAUUCUAGGAGGAACUCACAACUACAUUGAAGCCUUUACAGAUGAAGUUGAAGGCCUUUAAAGAAGUAAAACUAACCUGUGAUGAAACCGCAAAGCAAAUUAAGGUGAGUUUGCUGAAUAAUGCUGUACAAUACAACUGCACAGAAGUGAGUUUGUGGACUGAAUGUAAGAAUGGUAGUUACAGUGGGGAAAAAAAGUAUUUAGUCAGCCACCAAUUGUGCAAGUUCUCCCACUUAAAAAGAUGAGAGAGGCCUGUAAUUUUCAUCAUAGGUACACGUCAACUAUGAGAGACAAAUUGAGGGGAAAAAAUCCAGAAAAUCACAUUGUAGGAUUUUUAAUGAAUUUAUUUGCAAAUUAUGGUGGAAAAUAAGUAUUUGAUCACCUACAAACAAGCAAGAUUUCUGGCUCUCACAGACCUGUAACUUCUUCUUUAAGAGGCUCCUCUGUCCUCCACUCGUUACCUGUAUUAAUGGCACCUGUUUGAAGUUGUUAUCAGUAUAAAAGACACCUGUCCACAACCUCAAAUAGUCACACUCCAAACUCUACUAUGGCCAAGACCAAAGAGCUGUCAAAGGACACCAGAAACAAAAUUGUAGACCUGCACCAGGCUGGGAAGACUGAAUCUGCAAUAGGUAAGCAGCUUGGUUUGAAGAAAUCAACUGUGGGAGCAAUUAUUAGGAAAUGGAAGACAUACAAGUCCACUGAUAAUCUCCCUCGAUCUGGGGCUCCACGCAAGAUCUCACCCUGUGGGGUCAAAAUGAUCACAAGAACGGUGAGCAAAAAUCCCAGAACCACACGGGGGGACCUAGUGAAUGACCUGCAGAGAGCUGGACCAAAGUAACAAAGCCUACCAUCAGUAACACACUACGCCGCCAGGGACUCAAAUCAUGCAGUGCCAGACGUGUCCCCCUGCUUAAGCCAGUACAUGUCCAGGCCCUUCUGAAGUUUGCUAGAGUGCAUUUGGAUGAUCCAGAAGAGGAUUGGGAGAAUGUCAUAUGGUCAGAUGAAACCAAAAUAUAACUUUUUGGUAAAAACUCAACUCGUCGUGUUUGGAGGACAAAGAAUGCUGAGUUGCAUCCAAAGAACACCAUACCUACUGUGAAGCAUGGGGGUGGAAACAUCAUGCUUUGGGGCUGUUUUUCUGCAAAGGGACCAGGAUGACUGAUCCGUGUAAAGGAAAGAAUGAAUGGGGCCAUGUAUCGUGAGAUUUUGAGUGAAAACCUCCUUCCAUCAGCAAGGGCAUUGAAGAUGAAAUGUGGCUGGGUCUUUCAGCAUGGCAAUGAUCCCAAACACACCGCCCGGGCAACGAAGGAGUGGCUUCGUAAGAAGCAUUUCAAGGUCCUGGAGUGGCCUAGCCAGUCUCCAGACCUGAACCCAAUAGAACAUCUUUGGAGGGAGUUGAAAGUCCGUGUUGCCCAGCGACAGCCCCAAAACAUCACUGCUCUAGAGGAGAUCUGCAUGGAGGAAUGGGCCAAAAUACCAGCAACAGUGUGUGAAAACCUUCUGAAGACUUACAGAAAACGUUUGACCUGUGUCAUUGCCAACAAAGGAUAUAUAACAAAGUAUUGAGAAACUUUUGUUAUUGACCAAAUACUUAUUUUCCACCAUAAUUUGCAAAUACAUUCAUUAAAAAUCCUACAAUAUGAUUUUCUGGAUUUUUUUUUUUCAUUUUGUCUGUCAUAGUUGACGUGUACCUAUGAUGAAAAUUACAGGCCUCUCUCAUCUUUUUAAGUGGGAGAACGUGCACAAUUGGUGGCUGACUAAAUACUUUUUUCCCCCACUGUAUAUUCAAGUAUAUUUGACAUAUUUCUCUCACGGCCUCCAGCUACAGGCCCAGGACACAGAGAGGCAGAUUGAGGAGGAGUUUGAGAAGCUUCACGAGUUGCUUCGAGAGGACAAGGCAGCCAGACUAGCUACUCUGAAGGAGGAAGAGAAGAAGAAGAGUGAGAUGAUGAAGAAGAAGACUGAGGAGAUGAGAAGAGGGAUAUCAUCACUUUCAGACACAAUCAGAGCCGUAGAGAAGGAGCUGAAAGCAGAAGAUGUAUCAUUCCUGCAUGUAAGAACCAAUAACUUGUUUAUAUUAUUUGAGAUGCAUUUAUUGAUGAACUGAUGUGAUAUCAUGUAUAACGCUGUUUACAUGUAUUAUUCAUUUUGUAUUUUGUUCUUCUGUAGAACUAUAAGGCCACAGUGAAAAGGUAAGUGAUCUGCCUCUUGUCUCUCUUCUGUGGUUCUUAACAAAGUUAUGCCAACCCCACAGUACAACUGAUUCCUGAAUAUUCUACCAGGGCCCAGUGCACACUGCCGAAUCCAGAGAAGGUUUCAGAACCACUGAUCCAUGUGGCCAAGCACCUUGGCAACCUACAUAGAUCAUGUGUGAAGAUACAGGAAAUUCUUAAAGAGGUUUUUCAAUAUAGUGAGUAUGAUUGUUACAAUUAACACGUUUAUUUACUAACUGAAGUGAAUACAUAAUGCCCCUUUUAAAGUAUGCAAUUGUGAAACGCUAGGCCUGGAUCAAUUACAUAUAAUACAGUGUUUCAAUUACUGAAAAAUCGGGGAGGACAGGCUCGUGGUAAUGGUUGGAGCGGAAUGAGUGGGAUGGUAUCAAACACAUGGUUUCCCUGUGUUUGAUGCCAUUUCAUUCACUUCGUUCCAGCCAUUAUUGUGAGCCAUCCUUCCCUCAGCAGCAUCCACUGAUUUAGAUAUAGUGAUUUGAGAAUAUUGGAAUGUAUUUGGAAACAGGAAAGUAUUUGACAACACUUUCAAAAACCUUUUGGUAGAGUUUUACAAGUAGGCAUUCCAAUACUUCAAAUAGAGGUAGUUGUUUUGGGCUAUGUAUUUGAAAAAACUCAAAUACAUAAAUCAUCUAUUUGAACCCAGGUCUGAUAGUCUAUUUUCUGUCUAGCUGCUGUGACUCUGGACCCCAAGACUGCUCAUCCAAGUCUCAUCCUGUCUGAGGAUUUGACCAGUGUGAUAUUCGGUGUGGCUCAACAGCUUCCUGACAUCCCAGAGAGGUUUGAUCGUGCAUUUGUCCUGGGCUCUGAGGGCUUUAACUCGGGGACAAACUUCUGGGAUGUUGAGGUUGGGGAAAAUGCAUCAUGGGCCCUGGGUGUGAUCACAGAAUCUGUACCGAGGAAGGGGCGUAUACGCAAUGGACUCUGGUGUCUAUAUUAUGAUUCUGAAGGUGAAUACUCAGCAGAAUCCCCACCAAAGCCAACCAUUCCCCUCACAGUGAGACACACACCCCAGAGGAUCAGAGUGAAGCUGGACUGGGACAGAGGAGAGCUGUCAUUCUCUGACCCUAUUAAUAAAACACACCUACACACAAUCGCACAAACUUUUACUGAGAGAGUCUUUCCCUGCUUUUGUAACUUCUCUAAACGGCAGCCUCUAAAGAUCGUGCCAUAA